UGGUGUUCAGACUGGCUGCAGCUUGCAGCGCGCACACACACACUCACACACACUCGGCCUCAUUGAGCAGCAGUGGACACCUUGAGCUGAGGUGCAGUUGUUUUUGUGUUGGAGCUCGUGACUGUGCAGAUUCUCAGUACAGGCAGACAGACAUGUUGCCAAAGACGCGUCUGGGGAAGCGUUCUCCUCUCGGGGCGUUGGUGAGCUCCGCCUGCCCGGCGGCAGGAACCCAAACCGGUCAGGGGACGGCUGAGACCGGCGUCACCAUGGCAACAACACCGGGACAACAGAGCACCUGCAGAGUCAGAGGUCAUCCUGGGCUGAAGAUGUAUUUUCAGUGUGGGGGAGCAGGUGAACCCUCAGGUGCGGUGGAUCAGCUUGACCUCAUGCAGAGCGAUGUUUCUGUCAGCUCUUCAUCUCAUCCCUCCUCCUCCUCCUCCUCCUCCUGCAGCAGAUCUGUCUCCUCCUGCAUCGACGUCCCCAGAAGUCAGAGGAGUCCGGAGGAGGUCGACAUGGAUGAGCUGAUGGCAGCGAUGGUCCUCAGCAGUUUGUCCUGCAGCCCCCUGCUGCACAGCCCCGCCCACCCAGACACAACAGCUCCUCUGAUGGACUGUGGAGGCGGCGAGCUCUCUGACGGCGGCAGCAGCGGCUACUGGAGCGUGGGUCACACCAACGGAAGCCCGGCCCCCUCUCCACCAAUCGCAGAGCCCGGCGCGAGCCCGACCGCGCCCCCCGACGAAGGGCUGGACAUGGAGCUGGAGCAGGUGCUGUUCGAUGAGCCGGCGCCACGGAAACGCAGGAACUCCGUGAAGGCGGCGUACAGGUGUCUGUGGCCCAGCUGUGGAAAGGUGCUCACGUCAGUGGUGGGAAUAAAACGUCACAUCCGGACAACACACCUGUGCCGUGGCAGCGAGCAUGAGCGCUGUUCCCGCAGCGAGGAGGAUUUUUACUACACUGAAGUUAACCAAUGGGACCAGCAGCCGUCUCCUGCACUUCCUCUCCUCUGUGGCCCCGCCCCCGCCUCCCCCGCCUCCUCCUCCCCAUCCUCAACUCCCAGCCCUCCCCCUCCCUCCCCUCCGUCUCCCCCCUCUCCAGCCUGCAGCGCCCUGAGUCGCUCCGCCCCCUCUUCUUCUGGCAGCUUCUGGCAGGUCCAAUCAGAGCACUCCUACCAGGCUCCGCCUCCCAGCCAUGUGAUGUCAGCAGCAGCUUUGAACACACCCUCCUGUCGGUGGACGGCCACGCCCACCAGUUGCCUCAGACAGGGUUUGGCGUUUCGGGUGCGUUCGGUCAGUGUUGGGGAGCAGUGGUUGCAGCAUCAGAGUGCCCCCUGCAGGAGGAUUCGCGGCGAAGCCAAGAAAUGCAGGAAGGUUUACGGCAUCGAGCACAGAGACCAGUGGUGCACAGCCUGCCGCUGGAAGAAAGCCUGCCAACGCUUCCUGGACUGAACGGAGGAAGAUGGAGAGGAAGAGGAGGAACAACAAGGACUGAGGCAGGCUGCGCUCUUCGGCCUGGCCUGGUGGAUGUUUUAUACUCUCUGAAACCAGACGUAUUCUUUUGUUUUUAUACUCUUUCUACAUUUUCUAGAGGUGUCUUUUUUAUUUGAACGUCUUUUGAAGGUGUUUUGUAGAUGUCGUGUCCUGUCAGUGCUUCUUCAUGAACAGACUGGGGCAGCUAUGAUGUGACCUUUGACCCUGAAGCAGCAGCUUCAGCUCUCCUCAGGUGUUUUUAACUAAACCAGCCAACUGUUCAGGACCCACAUGUGCUCCAGUGUGUCGUCUGAGUCAUAGAAACAUCCAGGAAACGACUGCGUGCAGUUCAUACUGCUUCUCCACCUGAAUACCGUCGCUCAUUCACACCGACAGAGAUCAGCUUGGGCUUCAGUCUUUCUCAAGGACACAUUAACAGAAGGAAGUGUCUUAGUGGACGGCACGGUCCACCUCCUGAGCCACAGCUGUCACCGUGGAAACGCUCGGCUCAUGCUUUUCUGAGGCCGGUCAGCUGAUUCAGGUUCAGAUUGUGCCAACUGACGGCAGUUUCUAUUCAGAUUUGUGGACAGGAUACAAGACGGGAUCUACAGGAUCCCAACAAGGACAAAAAUCCUGUUUUCCACUGAAGAGUCCAGAAGAGGAGAGGGAGUGUCCACAGAGCAGGCUUUAACUCACAGCAGGUAGUUUGUUACCUGUGUGAACAACAGGUGUCCAACAACAAAGGUGUCCCUCAGUGUGCAGGACGACGUGACGCAGCUGAAACCUCCGUCCAGCAGUGAGUCACCUUCACACAGCGGCGGCGGUGGACGGAGGCAAACCUUCGUUCUGUGUCAGAUUUAACUCCGGGACUCACCGGCUGUUCGUCCACGAGGAACCGACUCAGGAGCCGCAAGAACAUCUCAAAGCUGCGAGACGAAUGAGGCAAGCAGCGGCAGAAUGUGACCGUUAAUACACCAGGAGGGCCGGGCGCUGUCGAGGGGGGAGCUUUGAACGCUGAAACAAACUGACCAUCGGACGCCGUUCGGCCGCCGUUGUCUUCUCACACUUUCCUCCAACCUGAGGUUUCUUCUUCAGAAACGUGAAGGCCUCACUCUUCAGUGAGACUUCACCUCCGGUCUUUUAUAAUCAGUCUGUUAACAUGUGAUAAACAGUCUGCAGCUCUGUGAUACAAGAGACUGAAGUGUUAAAACCACUGACACGUUCAGAUUCAGGUGCCCAACAGGCUGGACACACUGCCGGCGACGGCCAUCUUUGUGGUGCGUUCAGGUGACCAGACGCUGUCGUUUUUUUUAAAGUGGUGCUCCACACUAUGAACAGAUUUAUUUUAAGGCAUUUCAUCAUAUCAGGUGUUAACAUCCCAUCAUCUCUCAGCACCACCAGCUUCACGCUGAUCCUCUUCGUUUCCCAUCAGCCCUCUCGGUUCAGUUAUGUUUGGAAACAGAAGCCAUGUCCACUCGUCUCUGUGGAAACUACAUGCAGUAUUGAUCAAGAGAUCUGUCUAAGUACAAAUACACUGAAUUUAUAUAUUUUAAAUCUAUUUUUCCUGGUGGAUAUACACAAACACCAGACCCACAAAGAUUCAGUGACUCUGCUGAAGCUUUUUAAAUGCUGACGUUUCAAAUGUUCGUUUCUUUGCAGUAAAAUGAGACAAAGAUUUAUUCUCUAUUUAUAUUCUCAGUACGUGCUGUUUGUCUUUGAGCUGAAGUAAAUGUUCAUCGUUGUAGUCGAAUCAUUUUUAAAGACGCACUCUUUUAUACGUGACGUGAAGUCAUGAUGUUGUUAUAAUAAAGUGGAAAAGUUUUGUCUGG